CAUUUAUUACAACAAGCCGUGCAAAAGUUUUGUGCAGAAAUAAAAUAGCAAUAAAUUAGCCAGGAUGCAGUCAGUAGUAACGUUCGAGAAACCAUUACCACAUUUAAGUUUGCCGGAUUGGGAUGCCCGGUUGUACGGACUGCAGGUAACAGCAGACACCAGAAGAGCUGAUGCAUUCGACCUUCGACACGGCGCCCAUCAACUCCGCAAUGAAACAAGGAUCAAGACUGAAUGGGACAGCUACCAUAACAAUAACCGGCUUAGAGCAAGAGUAUACGAAAUAGAACAAUGGAAGUCAACCCUACAAGAGUUGUUAGAUCGUAUAGAUAGAGAGAUGAGCGCUCUGAAAGAAGAAAAAGCUUCCACCGAAAGAGAGCUCGAACAACUGAACAUGCCACUCCUUGUCUGUUCCGAGUGCCUGUCAAACAGAGAUGGAAGGAGGAGCACUGAACUGACUUAUGAUUUAGCUGAUACAGAAUUGAAGAAGGAACUUUGCGUAACCGAAAGCAACAAGAAACUGUUAAUAGAUCGAUGUCAGUCGGCUUGGGAGAAGAUUAAUAAACUGGAAGUGGUAAAAUUUAAACUGCAGUUGGAUCUAAACGACAAGAACGAAACACUUCAAAUUGAUAAGGAUAUGCUUAGUUUGGAUAAAGACUGUGCUAACAUUACCUAUAAAACUGACUCCCUCAAGACUCCAAAAAGAAUGAUUACAUACGACCAGUGGUUGGAUAAAUGUGAAGCGACAAAAAAAAUGGCGAUCGACGAGCUACAAGACACGCUCCGUCUUCGUGAAUCCUUAUUUGUAGCUCGAGGCCGCGCCCGAAAUGCUCUGCGAGCCCAAACCGAUGUGACGAACUAUAUGAUGAGGAGACGCAUUUACGAUACGCAGAGGGCUCGGAAUGAAUUGCAAUGGCAGAAGAUGAAGAUGGAAGAAAACAUGGACAAACUAGCGACAGAGUUGAAGACGAUCGGUGAACAGUUCGCUGACAAAGUGAACGCUCUUAAGGUAGCCGAGACUCGUCUAGAGACGCGAGGCUACCGCCCGGGUAUGGAGCUCGCGUCCGACGAAGCUGAUAUUGGACUGAAGGAAGAAGUCCGCAACUUGAGGGAAACCAUUCGGCAGUUGCAAGAAAAACAGGAUUGUGGCAAGGCGACCUACAACGCGUUGGAAGCGGCAUCAAUCAAGAUCGCCAUAGACCUCAACGAUAAAGAGCAAUCACUGGAAACGGACACUCAGGCGCUGGAAAUGCGUACCGCACUGGAGCCCAAGCGUCCCACAGGCACCGAUAAAAACUUGGUGCUUGCGAGUAUGGCGGACGAAGUGCCGCAGAUCGAGGGUUAAUUUCAUUUGAAUUGCACGCAAAAGUUUUAUCACGGUUUUUUAUGAAUUUUUAUUUGU